UGGCCAAGCUUAACCCGUCUCAAAAUCACUUAGCUCAGCAGCCAUUAGACUAGUAUGAUUCGCGGUAACAAUAUUCAAUUUUAAACUAGAUCUGAUGAUUUACACUGACAGCGGCGCAAACAUGUUUACCAUCAGUACACAAUGUUUAGGGCUAUCUUUAUAUAGAACGACUUCCACAGACUCGUGCGAGUUUUGACACACCUCAAUCACUGCAGAAGGACUGCGUGAAAGUACGAAAGAAUCUCCCAAUGACGUUCUUUUAAACAAGAACAAUUCUCUGGACUCCUUUUUAAAAAGAUGGUUUGUGUAGCUAAUGAAGUCAAAGUAGAAUGUGUGGUUCAGGAUGGCACAAACAAAUCUGGAUCGAACGUUUUCACGCUGCCGGCGUCGACAACGACCGAAGAACUCUACAAAACCUUGUUUGCAUUUCACAAGUGCGAACCGGAUUCGUUCGUGCUCUUGCUUCAACCUUAUCAAGAUAAAGAUACGGUCGAGUUAACCAGGUCGAGGGACACUACGUUGUUGCAACUGGAGCCUAACUGUUUAAACCAGACGACAACUAUUCUGAUGAAAGCAAUGGAUCAACAACCAAAACAUAAUAUACCGUUGGCACCACCCAUUUUUAAUUCUGAUAAUGCCUCACUGUUUCCGGACGAUGCCUCUCCUCCACCGUUGGCAACUGAUCCUGAAGAUCAUAUAACUAGAAAGAAUACAAUAUUAAGAGGUAGUGAUGCACAUAAAAGGCUUGCCCGUGAAAAUAAAUACUGUUCUAAUGACCCAAGUCUAAAUCAAACAGUCGACUUCAUUUCAAAUCAUCCUGAAAAGAAUUAUGUGGGUUUGGUCAAUCAGGCCAUGACUUGCUACUUGAACAGUUUGCUACAAGCUUUAUACAUGACCCCAGAGUUCAGAAAUGCUUUGUACAAUUGGGAGUACGUUGGUGGCUCAGAGAAGGAAGAAGCAAUGAGUAUUCCUUACCAACUACAGAAACUAUUCCUCAAUUUACAGACGUCAACAAAGCCUGCUGUAGAAACCACGUCGUUAACAAAAAGUUUCGGAUGGGAUUCUACAGAAGCCUGGCAACAGCACGACAUUCAAGAACUCUGCAGAGUUAUGUUCGAUGCCUUAGAAACCAAGUUCAAGGACACAGAACAAGCUGAUCUUAUCAACCGACUUUAUGAAGGCAAAAUGAUUGACUACGUAAAGUGUCUUGAAUGUAAGACAGAGAAAUCGAGAGAAGAUACCUUCCUAGACAUCCCAUUGCCCGUGAGGCCCUUCGAAAGUAAUACUGCCUACGGCAGCGUGGAAGAAGCGCUGAGAGCAUUUGUAAAAUACGAAACUUUAGAUGGAAAUAAUCAAUACCACUGCGAAAAAUGCAAUAAGAAAUGCGAUGCACAUAAGGGCCUCAAGUUCACAAAGUUUCCUUAUUUACUGACUUUGCACUUAAAGAGGUUCGAUUUCGACUACAAUACACUCUACAGGAUCAAGCUCAACGACAAAGUCACCUUUCCGCACGUGCUUGAUUUGAAUUCUUUUAUUUCAACAACACCCAAUAAAGAGUUUGCCAAUCAAGAGUCUCCGAAUCAAGAGUCUCCCAAUGGGGAGGAAGACGUCGGAAUGAGCAUUAAAUGUGAUGAUAGUUCCACGACAGAUAGUGGAACUUUAGAAGAUGAAUGUUUGCCCUGUGAUGGUGCAAUAUGUACAAAUAAUCAUUCUGGUAACCACGAUCAGGAGGAUGAUGAAGGCAUAGAUAUGAGUAAUGGAAUCGCUCCAUUUAAUGGCAUUGCACAUAAUCAUGAGAACGGAAAAAAUCAGGGUAAAUUUUUAAAAGACCAAGGACCUUACGUGUAUGAGCUUUUUUCAAUCAUGAUUCACAGUGGAAGUGCCAGUGGUGGUCACUAUUAUGCAUAUAUCAAAGAUUUCUCGAAUUCACAGUGGCUGUGUUUCAACGAUACAACCGUAAAUCCAAUAACCCACAACGAUAUUCAGAAAGUUUACGGCGGUGGUCCAUUGCGAGUUUACUCUAGUAGCACGAAUGCUUACAUGCUGAUGUACAGACAAAUAGAUAAAACCAAGAACUCUAUACCUAUUCAAGAAGAACAUUUUCCCCCGCAUAUCCAGGCGCUUCUGAAGAGGAUGAAGGAAACCGAGGACGACGAUCGGCGAUACCAUAGUAGGCAUUCGCCAACCUAUAAGAUAAAAAUCUAUUGCCAUCAUCCCAAGACUAAGAAACUGAUGACAAAUAAAUUAAACACUAUCGGAGAAAGUACUUGGGCCGAGCAGACGGAAAAGGCUUACGAGAAAUUCGGACUUCAUGGCCAUGUAAACCUGGAUCAAUGUAGGCUUGUUUUCUACGAUCCUUUGAACGACUUGAUCACACACAGUUAUGAUGGCAGUGACGAAGACUCAGUGUACGAGGUUUUUAAAGGUGACAAGCGCAAUGAUCUUCUCCUCGAAAUUCGAGAGAAGGACCAGCCGUUCGAAGCCUACAAACCUGAAGGUAUUGCGACAAAAGUCUACGUUAUAGACGUGCCUCAAGCAGAUAUUAUUGAUGGGCCAAUUACUGUUCGCGGCUAUCAAGCACAGACCGUAAGGGAAUAUAAACAACAACUAGCGAAAAUUGUGAACAUCGACCCAGACGAAAUGAAUCUCGUUGUGAUGGUAUUUUCGCAGUAUCAUCGUCUGCAAGACGAUAAAACUCUGGAGGCAGAAGGUUUGGAUGUACACGGCGAACAUAAAGUCUAUGUCUCCUUGAUGUUUGAUACGGACUUUACAGAGCCGUCCAAAAAUACUACAAGUGAAGUACCAAGCUCGAAGCUUUUGUCAGUAAUAGAGAGCCUUGAAAAAGUUAUCUGGAUCCACGUCCAACUCCCCGAAGUUAACAAAGAAGUUACAGAGGAUUUAAACAUUCCGUCUUUCAAAAAUGAAAGUAAACAGGAAAACUCGAAACAUCCGCCGAAUGGUCAGAUGGAAGUGAAUAUAAAAGAUGAAGUUUGUGCAGAUGAAUUGUCCGAAAAGAAGUCAGCAAAAUUGUCCGCGAAUGGUUCAAAGUUUGCGACAUUGGUAUUGGAUGACAAUAUCAAAUCAAGUCAACAUGUAGAAUCUACCACCGUCAAGUGGCAAGCAGGUUUAGAAAGUACCAGUGAAGACAGCAGCCUUAGCGAUAGCGAAAAAACAUUAGUGGACGACAGUUCCGGCAGCUAUAAUAAUCAUCAGAGGUUCCAUGAUGACAUCAAAUUCAAGAAAUUUUACCAAUCUUUCGUAAACUCCGACUCUGACGAGGAAUCGGAUCAUUACUUCAAGGGCACGCCGUGUCCCUCAGAAGAAAAUGAAAAAUUAUUGAGAGUGUUAGUUGACAAAAGAAUGCGUUUGGAGACUUUAAAGAAGAAAUUGGAGAGAUUCGUUGGAGUUCCGGUCGAUUACUUCAAUGUCUAUUACCAGUCUGUGGAUUCUCCAGAAGCAGAAUGUACCGACUUUAAAGCCAAUCUUAAGCUUUACAAUGAUGGUGCAAGAUUUUCCAUUAAACUUGGGAGAGCUCUUCGUAAAGGAGAAUUAAAAAUAAAACUCUACCAGUUGCACCUCGACUGUGCGGAGCAACCCUUUAAGUUCAUGUUUGACUGGAUCGUCGCGAAGAAUAUGACAGUAGCUCAAGCGAAAGAGGAAAUUCUCGCAGAACUCAAACGAAAAUACGAUCUAGAAAUACCCUUUCAAAGAUUCAGAUUGAGAAAAAAGAACAGCAAGGUGGGGUCUAUGGUGCUUCUAAAUACCAGUAGGUUUGAGGACCUCACCAUUUCUUCUCAGGAUGAGGUAAUAGUACAGGAAUUACCGGAGGACGAGACAGUUACCGAACCGAAACAGCUUGUUUUGUUUGUCAGAAAGUGGUCCCGAUCGACGUUGCAACUUGAUGUAAUUCAAGAAGUAGUUCUCACUGGAAGAGCUAUUUCUGAACUGAAAAAAAAGAUUCAUUUAUUGUCGAACAUCCCGGAAGAAAAUAUCGAUGUAGCAAAAGGAAAAGGUUCAUUCCCGUGCGAAAGUAUGAGCCUCCUAAAUGUUGAAAACGAUUUGGAUUGGAAAUUAAAGGUUAUGGAAGUAGAUAAAUGGCCGCUUGAUCUAGAACAUGGCUCUGUUGUUUUGUACAGGGAUUCUAGGGAGACUUUAAAGCAACUAAAUCCAGAGGAAAAAAGAGAGUUCACCAGCAAGGAAAACUCGCGCCUAUUGUCUCUAGGAACAACGCCGAGUUAUAGUAGUCCACGACGAGAGAAAGCAUUGAAGAUAUACUUGGAUUCAAAAUGAUCUUCUUUUGAUCGCCUGUUUACCUCUAGGAAUUCUAAACACUAAGUUAGGUAAUAUUCGCGUAUAAAAGAGUUAGCUAUUUUUCAAUUGUGUCGAAAACAGGCAUCGGAACAGAUUAUCACGAUCUUUGCAUCUUCCGGCACUCAAGUCUUCCUCUCUCUCAAAAAGCCUACAUUUUUUUGUCUAAAUAAUUCUUCAUUUUACAAGAGUGUCCAAAAAAUUCUCAUAACUCCGUCUUUCGAACCUACACGGUCAGUUGUUAUUAAUUAUAAUGAUUUUUUUUUAUUUUACUUCUCGUUAAUCGUGCUUAGCCGAUUCGAAAAUUUUCGAAUGGCUUUUAGAAAUUAACGACCACUCGGCGAUAUUGAUUUCUUUCUAUUACACCAGCGGCAUCGGGGUUUCUUCCGCUCGCUUCCAAUUUGGAUCCUCUCUUUAUUGAUCGACCAGAAAAACGAAGAGGAAACAAAAAACGUCUUGUACAUAACUUAAAAUAAGAGCUCAGCGUAGCUGCACAGUUGUGAGAAAAGUUAAGACGAGGCGCCAUCUCGUUUGCGAAAGGUGCAGAUUAGUCCCUGGUAAAAGAAAUUUGAUGACAGUAAGGUAAAUAAAGGUAGAAUUCAUGCAAAAUCCAAUUUCUUUUCAGGGAUUUUUUCAAAUAUGUCUAAGCGUUAGAUCAUCGACAAAUCGGUUUUACUCCUGCAUUUACGUGCACUCGAUCGCGACAUUUGCCACCCAUAUUCCGUUUGAGGAGUUCAUAAUUCAAAGGGUUACCACGAUUCUACGAUUCUCUUUUAAUGUAAAAGUCUACGCCUGCAAAGACGGAAAUCUACAGUGCCAUCUGUGCCAUUUUUUUUUGCUAAAACGGGUUAAAAAGGAAACAAAAAACAUUAUGAGACCAGUUGGACGACCGCCAACUGAAUUCAGUCUCUCGAAAAAUGAUUCGCAAUAUCCUUGUAUUACUUAUCUCUAGUAUAAACUGUUUGUAUUUAUUGCAUAUACGUUACAAAAAAUUCCGACUCUAAUCUAGAUUUUUCGAAGCGUCUUUACAGGUGAGAAAAGAGCUUUUUCUUUACACAUGCAUGCAAAGCCUUCUAUUGACCACCAUUUAAAGGCAUAGCAAAUGGUCGAUUCCGCAUUGCGCGCGAAGAGGAUGAGCAAAACUCCAACAUCAUAUAGAAAUGCUUUCACCGAUGAGUAAAAUGCUCUUCAUGGUUAAUAAAACAUUUUGCUCACUAUGUGAACAUCGUUCUGGGUGAAGUUGGGUUAGUCGUUAUUUAUUUGUGAUUGUAGUAUGUUGGAUGCCUUUAAACGGUAGACAAUCUCAGGUUUCGCAUCGUAAUUUGUAAAGAAAAAUAUUAUUCGAUACACGAGGCCUCACGGGCGGGUGAUCCCUCAUAUCGAAAUAUACUAUUUUCUCUUUAGAACACAGAAUUUUGUAAGUUGGAUUUUUCUCAGAAGUGUCUGUUAUUGUUGUAAUUUUGAUCCUUUCGGCAGGACCUAAUAUCUUAAAUAACUUAAUGAUUUAAAACUUAUGGCUGGUUAUCGGAGGCAAGAGAUCGACGUUAAUUUUUUUGCAUGAGUUAUUGUAUCGUUAAUAUUAUCAGUCUCAGUUAUUUAUUUUUCAGAAAUUUUUGCUAUUGAAUGCUGAUUUUAGUAAAAAAAUUAGGGUUUGGUAUUUCAUAAUUUAUUAUUCAUAUUUUCCAUUAUUUUUAUAAAUAUAUUUUUUAUUCAAGUAAUAUAGAGUGUAGUGUAAUUUAAAAAUAUUGAUAGGUCUGAGACUGUACGAGUUGAAGUGCUUGGUUGUUGCCCAUUUUGGGGUUUAAAAUAAGUACUGCUGCUCUCUUUCCUUCGAUGACUUUCCGAUUUUUGUUCGAAGCGCUUUUUUGAUUGCAGCUUUUGUUGUUGAAUACCGAACAAACAAGUAAUUUGAACUAGACAUUUUUUUCGAAGUACAAACGAGCAAAUAAUAAAGGGAAGUGCGAGUUGUGUCCUUCUUGUUGAUAGGGAUAACUUAAAUACCGAUUAAAGAUGAGUAACAAAAAUUUCUCCUAACAACCGAUAAUCAACAUUUUUCUGUAUGAUACACAUGUAGCUAUGAAGAAAUUAUAUUUAUAAUUAUUAACAAAUG